AUGACCGCGGACAUCGCCAGCGAGGUGCGCGCGAUGGCGCGCCGCCUGGCACGUGCCGCCGCGGCCGACCCCGGCGGCGCCGCGCUGGUGGAGCUCAAGCGGAGCCUGUUUGAGGUGUCCCUUAGCGCCUUGAUGGAGACCGUCGCGCAGACGAAGACGUCCCGCGCCGAGGGGGCCGAGGACACGGACAUGUCGCCGGAGGCACAGGAGUUCAAGGAGUCGCUGGACGAGAUCGUUCCGCUGCUAGGCGGGGCCAACAUGUGGGACUUCCUGCCGGUGCUACGGUGGUUCGACGUGUUCGGCGUGAGGAACAAGAUCCUGGCUGCGGUGAGCAGGAGGGACGCGUUCCUGCGGCGGCUCAUCGACGCACAGCGGCGGACGCUGGGCGACGGCGGCGGCGAGGGCGACGGGGAGAAGAAGAGCAUGAUUGCCGUGCUGCUCGAUUUGCAAAAGACAGAGCCGGAGAUCUACACGGACAUGGUGAUCAUGGCUCUGUGCAUGACCAUGUUCAGCGCGGGGACAGAGACCACGGCGACGACGGCGGAGUGGGCGAUGUCGCUGCUGCUCAACCACCCGAACGCCCUGGCGAAAGCGCAGGCCGAGAUGGACGCGACCGUCGGAACCACCCGCCUGCUCCGCGCCGACGACCUCCCCCGCCUCGGCUACCUCCACUGCAUCAUCAGCGAGACCCUCCGGCUGUACCCGCCCGUCCCGGCGAUGAUCCCGCACGAGUCCUCGGCGGACUGCACGGUGGCGGGCUACCACGUCCCGAGCGGCACGACGCUGCUCGUGAACGCUUACGCCAUCCACAGGGACCCGUCGGCGUGGGAGCACCCGUUGGAGUUCAGGCCAGAGCGGUUCGAGGACGGGAAGACCGAGGGUCUGUUCAUGAUGCCGUUCGGGAUGGGGCGGCGCAAGUGCCCCGGCGAGGCCCUAGCGCUGCGGAUGCUGGGGCUGGUUCUGGGCACGCUGGUGCAGUGCUUCCAUUGGGACAGGGUUGGUGAUGAUGAGGUUGACAUGGGUGAAGGAGGUGGGCUGACGCUCCCCAAGGCGGUGCCGCUGCAGGCGAUGUGCCGACCCCGGGCAGCCAUGACACAUGUCCUGAGGGGACUGUGA